CUAUGACACAGGGCUAACAGCAGGAAGGACCCCCGUCGUUCGAGCGGCGUUUGAACACAAAACGCCGAACGAACAAAAAGUUUCUCAUCGGGUGAAAAUCUGCACCAUCCUGCCUGCUGAAACGGUGCAGCAGUAACUUUCUUCAUCCAAGCCUGAGGGGGCCCAGAGACAUCCACCAUGUUUCUGUACAACCUGACAUUACAACGUGCCACUGGCAUCACUCAUGCCAUCCAUGGGAACUUUUCAGGUACGAAACUGCAAGAGAUUGUGGUUUCCCGGGGAAAGAUUCUAGAGCUGCUGCGUCCUGAUGCCAACACAGGCAAGGUUCACACAUUGCUCACCAUGGAGGUGUUUGGCAUCGUCCGCUCCCUCAUGGCCUUCAGGCUCACUGGUGGCACGAAAGACUACAUCGUGGUGGGAAGUGACUCGGGACGUAUUGUUAUCCUGGAGUACCAUCCUUCAAAGAACAUGUUUGAAAAGGUGCACCAGGAGACUUUUGGCAAGAGCGGAUGUAGACGCAUCGUUCCCGGGCAAUUCCUGGCUGUGGACCCUAAAGGCAGAGCUGUAAUGAUAGGUGCCAUAGAGAAGCAGAAGUUGGUGUAUAUCUUGAACAGAGAUGCUGCAGCUCGUCUCACCAUCUCCUCUCCGUUGGAAGCACACAAGGCCAACACCCUGGUCUACCAUGUGGUUGGGGUGGAUGUGGGCUUUGAGAACCCCAUGUUUGCCUGCCUUGAGAUGGACUAUGAGGAAGCUGAUAAUGACCCCACAGGAGAGGCAGCAGCCAACACACAGCAGACUCUGACCUUCUAUGAGCUUGACCUGGGACUCAACCAUGUUGUGCGCAAGUACAGUGAGGCUCUAGAAGAACAUGGCAACUUCCUCAUCACAGUACCCGGUGGCUCAGAUGGCCCCAGUGGAGUGCUCAUUUGCUCUGAGAAUUACAUUACAUACAAGAACUUUGGGGACCAGCCAGAUAUCCGUUGCCCAAUUCCUCGCAGAAGGAAUGAUCUGGAUGACCCUGAGAGAGGCAUGAUCUUCGUCUGCUCUGCCACACACAAGACCAAGUCCAUGUUCUUCUUCCUGGCCCAGACUGAGCAAGGAGAUAUCUUUAAAGUUACCCUCGAAACAGAUGAGGAGAUGGUCACUGAGAUAAGGAUGAAAUACUUCGACACUAUCCCUGUGGCCACAGCCAUGUGUGUGCUGAAGACUGGGUUCUUAUUUGUGGCGUCAGAGUUUGGAAACCAUUACCUGUACCAGAUAGCUCACCUGGGUGAUGACGAUGAUGAACCAGAGUUCUCCUCUGCCAUGCCUCUAGAGGAGGGAGACACCUUUUUCUUUCAACCUCGACCCCUAAAGAACCUGGUGCUUGUGGAUGAGCAGGAGAAUCUGUCUCCAAUUAUGUCCUGCCAGAUUGCUGAUUUGGCCAAUGAGGACACUCCUCAGCUGUAUGUGGCGUGUGGAAGAGGACCCAGGUCAACUUUGAGGGUUCUAAGGCAUGGGUUGGAGGUUUCAGAGAUGGCAGUAUCUGAACUUCCUGGUAACCCCAAUGCUGUGUGGACCGUUAGGAGACAUGUAGAAGACGAGUUUGAUGCCUACAUCAUUGUGUCCUUCGUUAACGCCACACUGGUUCUGUCUAUCGGGGAAACUGUGGAAGAAGUGACAGAUUCUGGUUUCCUUGGUACCACCCCAACCCUGUCCUGUUCACUACUGGGAGAGGAUGCUCUGGUGCAAGUUUAUCCAGAUGGCAUCCGCCACAUCAGAGCCGAUAAGCGUGUGAAUGAGUGGAAGACUCCGGGGAAGAAGACUAUCGUACGCUGCGCUGUCAACCAGCGGCAGGUUGUCAUUGCUCUGACUGGAGGAGAGCUGGUCUACUUUGAGAUGGACCCGUCAGGCCAGCUGAAUGAAUACACAGAAAGGAAGGAGAUGUCUGCAGACGUGGUGUGUAUGAGCCUUGCUAAUGUCCCUCCGGGUGAACAGCGCUCACGCUUUCUGGCUGUGGGUCUGGUGGACAACACUGUGCGCAUCAUCUCUCUGGACCCCUCGGAUUGUUUGCAGCCACUGAGUAUGCAGGCUUUGCCUGCGCAGCCAGAGUCCCUGUGUAUUGUGGAAAUGGGAGGCGUGGAGAAGCAAGAUGAGCUGGGCGAGAAGGGCACCAUUGGCUUCCUCUACCUUAAUAUUGGUCUACAGAACGGUGUGCUGUUGCGUACUGUGCUGGAUCCUGUAACUGGAGACCUGUCUGACACUCGCACCCGCUACCUGGGAUCUCGUCCUGUCAAGCUCUUCAGGGUGCGGAUGCAGGGCCAAGAGGCUGUGCUGGCCAUGUCUAGCCGGUCGUGGCUGAGCUAUUCAUACCAGUCCCGUUUCCAUCUGACUCCACUUUCUUACGAGACGCUGGAGUAUGCCUCAGGAUUUGCAUCAGAGCAGUGCCCUGAAGGAAUAGUUGCCAUCUCCACCAACACACUGAGAAUUCUGGCUCUAGAGAAGCUUGGUGCAGUCUUCAACCAGGUGGCCUUCCCACUCCAGUACACACCACGCAAAUUUGUCAUUCAGCCAGAGACCAACAAUCUAAUCCUCAUAGAAACGGACCAUAAUGCCUACACAGAGGCCACCAAGGCCCAGCGUAAACAGCAGAUGGCUGAGGAAAUGGUGGAGGCAGCAGGAGAGGAUGAAAGGGAGUUGGCUGCAGAAAUGGCUGCUGCGUUUUUGAAUGAGAAUCUCCCUGAAGCAAUUUUUGGUGCCCCUAAGGCUGGAUCAGGACAGUGGGCAUCACUGGUGCGCCUGGUCAAUCCUAUUCAGGGGAACACCUUGGACUUGGUUCAACUAGAGCAGAAUGAGGCAGCCUUCAGUGUGGCGGUUUGUCGCUUUGCUAAUGGGGGUGAUGACUGGUAUGUGCUGGUGGGUGUGGCCAGAGAUAUGAUCCUUAACCCACGCUCGGUGGGUGGUGGCUACAUUUACACAUACCGUCUUGUAGGGGGCGGUGAAAAGCUGGAGUUUAUGCACAAGACCCCUGUUGAAGAUGUGCCCCUAGCCAUUGCUCCGUUCCAGGGCAGAGUGUUGGUGGGUGUGGGCAAACUAUUGCGCAUUUAUGACCUGGGCAAAAAGAAGCUUCUUCGGAAGUGUGAGAAUAAGCAUGUUCCAAACCUGGUGACGGGUAUUCACACCAUUGGCCAACGAGUGAUCGUGUCCGAUAUUCAAGAGAGUCUGUUCUGGGUACGCUAUAAGCGCAGUGAGAACCAGCUCAUUAUCUUUGCUGAUGACACCCACCCACGUUGGGUUACUAGUGCAUGUCUCCUCGACUAUGACACCAUGGCCACAGCGGACAAGUUUGGGAAUAUCAGCAUUGUACGAUUACCACCCAACACCAGUGAUGAUGUGGAUGAGGACCCCACAGGAAACAAAGCAUUGUGGGACAGAGGCCUACUGAACGGAGCAUCACAAAAGGCUGAGGUAAUUAUGAAUUACCAUAUUGGAGAGACAGUCCUUUCCCUGCAGAAGACCACCCUAAUACCUGGAGGCUCUGAGUCCCUGGUGUACACCACUCUUUCAGGAGGCAUUGGCAUCCUGGUGCCCUUCACAUCUCAUGAGGACCAUGACUUUUUCCAGCACUUGGAAAUGCAUAUGCGCUCUGAAUUUCCUCCACUGUGCGGCAGAGACCAUCUCAGUUUCCGCUCCUAUUACUUCCCUGUAAAGAAUGUGAUUGAUGGAGACCUGUGUGAACAGUUUAACUCCAUGGAUCCUCAUAAGCAGAAAAGUGUUGCUGAAGAGCUGGACCGCACGCCACCAGAAGUGUCUAAGAAACUGGAAGACAUCCGCACGCGCUACGCCUUUUAAAAUCGCCCAUCUAUGUAUGUGUGCUUUACAGGCUCACAUUUUCAAGCCCACUCUUUUUUUUUUUCUUCCUUCAGUCUGCCUGCCUCCUUGCUUGCUGCAACCACAGGUUUCCUACCACAAAUAUGGGUACGAUAUUUUGAUGAUUGCUACAAGAAGUGGUUCAUGAGUGAGACCAUCUGGGAAGCAUCCCUGUGGUCUGUGAACCUGUCGGGCAGACAUCAGUACUCCUGUAACAGUACUGUGAAACUGGGCUGUACUUGGACGUUCAUUUGUAUAGAUGUAAAUACAGCACAGUGCUGUAGAAAGACCCAUAGAAGACCAAGGAUUUGUUUCACCAAGUCUCUGGUAAGUUGCAGCUGUGGACUGAAAGGAGUUAGAGUAUAACGUUCAGCGUGUGCGAUUUACUUUCUCCACACUUGCAUUGUGGCUGAAAUGAACUAAAUUAGAAUUUUAUUGAAUGAAUCACAUGUGGAGACUUCCAGCAGUGUUGAGCAACCGCCUGGUGUCCUUCAAUUUGGAUAUUCACAAAAAGAAAAUUGUGCUCACGUUGUUUAAAAAUACAGUGGCAUCUUGUAAAAUAGCUUUAGUUGUCUCUUCACAGGGACAGUCAGACGAUAGUGGGUUGUUGUUGCUUUUUUGGAAAGAGAAUGGACUUAAUCAUCAAACCCACAGUCACAUUAUUCUUUUUUUUUUUUCCUGCUGUCCUAAAUUAAAGAGUUGUCUUUUGUACCAUGAGUGAAGUUUUGUAAAUAAAUCUUUUUUUUUUUAAUUAAAAUGUGUUUAAAAAACUUUCUUGCCUCUUAGGGUUUAAGUAGAGCAACUGGGCAUGUCUGUACACUGCCCCUUUACGCGUUAAGUGGUCAUACAGGUAUUGCAAGAUUCCACUGUCUGCUGCUACAGACCAUGUGGGCUGUUUGGUUACAAAUGCUUCUUUUGUUGUGGAUUUCCUCUGGUGAUCGGUGCCCCCACCUCUAAACGUGUCUGUGUAAGAUGGAGAAGGUGACGCUAAGUCAGCUGAGCAGAUUAGCUAAAGUCUACAGUACAGGAAACUCAGUCAGAGGUGAGUCAUCUCUGCUUUAAGAGUAGUUAAACUGUUGUAUUCUGUUAAUCAUCUCUCUGGCUUUGAAGAGAGAAUGCACAUGUCCGGGUCACCUCUAAAUCCCUGCAUUACUCUUUAUUUGUGUGUUCAGAAAAUUUUGUAAGUAUUUUUUAAAUAAAUUGAGACCUUGUGGAA